GUACUUGAUGAUCCAUGACCCUGGACAUGGAUGCUGUCCUGUCGGAUUUUGUCCGUUCCACAGGUGCAGAGCCAGGGCUGGCCCGAGAUCUUCUGGAAGGGAAGAACUGGGAUGUGAGUGCUGCCCUCAGUGAUUUUGAACAGCUACGCCAAGUUCAUGCUGGGAACCUGUCCCCACCCUUUAGUGGAGGGAGUAGUUGCUCUAAGACCCCUGAAAAAGGGUGUUCUGAUAGAGAGCCCACUCGCCCUUCUCGACCGAUCCUACAGAGACAGGAUGACAUCAUUCAAGAAAAACGCCUGUCUAGGGGCAUCUCCCACGCCAGCUCCAGCAUUGUUUCCCUGGCCCGGUCCCAUGUCUCCUCCAAUGGUGGGGGUGGGGGGAGCAGUGAGCACCCCCUGGAAAUGCCCAUCUGUGCCUUCCAGCUUCCAGAUCUCACUGUGUACAAAGAAGACUUCCGAAGCUUCAUAGAGAGGGACCUCAUUGAGCAGUCCAUGCUGGUCGCCUUGGAACAGGCAGGGCGUUUGAAUUGGUGGGUCAGUGUGGAUUCCAUCUGUCAGAGGCUGCUUCCCUUAGCAACUACUGGAGAUGGGAACUGCCUCCUGCAUGCAGCCUCUCUUGGGAUGUGGGGUUUCCACGACAGAGACUUGGUGCUGCGGAAGGCUCUGUAUGCGCUGAUGGAGAAGGGUGUCGAGAAGGAGGCGUUGAGAAGGCGCUGGAGGUGGCAGCAGACGCAGCAGAAUAAAGAGUCUGGACUGGUGUAUACCGAAGACGAAUGGCAGAAGGAAUGGAAUGAAUUGAUCAAGCUUGCCUCAAGUGAACCCAGAAUGCACCUCGGUACCAAUGGAGCCAGUGGUGGUGGAGUGGAGAGCUCAGAGGAGCCCGUGUAUGAGAGCCUCGAGGAGUUCCAUGUCUUUGUCCUUGCUCACGUGCUCAAGAGGCCCAUAGUGGUCGUGGCAGACACCAUGCUGAGGGACUCUGGAGGGGAAGCAUUUGCCCCGAUUCCAUUUGGAGGGAUCUACCUCCCAUUGGAGGUCCCAGCCAGCCAGUGUCACCGGUCACCUCUGGUGCUCGCCUAUGAUCAGGCCCACUUUUCUGCACUUGUGUCGAUGGAGCAGAAGGACAGUGCCAAGGAACAAGCUGUGAUCCCGCUCACAGAUUCAGAGCAUAAGCUGCUGCCCCUGCACUUUGCCGUGGACCCAGGAAAGGGUUGGGAGUGGGGGAAAGACGACAACGACAAUGUCCGGUUGGCCAGCAUAACUCUGUCCCUGGAGGUCAAGUUACACCUGCUGCAUAGCUACAUGAAUGUGAAGUGGAUCCCACUGUCAUCUGAUGCACAGGCUCCUCUGGCCCAGCCCGAGUCCCCCACAGCCUCAGCUGGAGACGAGCCCAAGUCCACUCCCGAGUCUGGGGAGUCGGACAAGGAGUCGGUGGGCAGCGGCUCUGCCGGCAAUGACGGCAGCAGGCGGAAGGAGAAGUCGAAGCGAGACCGGGAGAAGGACAAGAAGAGAGCGGACUCGGUGGCUAACAAGCUGGGCAGCUUCGGCAAAACCCUGGGCAGCAAGCUUAAGAAGAACAUGGGGGGCCUGAUGCACGGCAAGGGCCCCAAGCCUGCCGGGCCGGGCGGCGGGUCUGGAGUAAGCAGUGGUACCGAGACCCUGGAGAAGAAGAAGAAGAACAGCUCCCUCAAGACCUGGAAGGCUGGCAAGGAGGAGGCCGCUGGGGAUGGGCCUGUGUCUGAGAAGCCCUCGGCUGAGUCUGUUGGCAAUGGAGGGAGCAAGUACAGCCAGGAGGUGAUGCAAAGCCUGAGCAUCCUGCGGGUCGCAAUGCAAGGGGAGGGCAGGUUUAUUUUUGUUGGAACCCUGAAGAUGGGCCCGCGGCACCAGUAUCAGGAGGAGAUGAUCCAGCGCUACCUGGCAGAUGCCGAGGAGAGAUUCCUGGCGGAGCAGAAGCAGAAGGAAGCUGAGCGGAAGAUCAUGAAUGGAGGCUUAGUUAGUGGGCCGCCUCCAGCCAAAAAGCCAGAGCCAGAUGGCGGCAAGGACCAGCCCAGUGACUCCCCAGCAGAGUCCAAGGCACUGGCAUUCUCUACCGGUUACCCUGGGGGCUUUACUAUCCCUCGACCUUCUGGGGGUGGAGUCCACUGCCAGGAGCCCCGGAGGCAGUUGGCAGGGGGUCCGUGUGUAGGUGGCCUUCCACCCUAUGCCACCUUUCCCAGACAGUACCCUCCUGGGCGACCCUACCCUCACCAGGACAGCAUCCCAUCUCUGGAGCCAGGCAAAGAUGGAGUUCACAGGGGUGCCUUGUUACCACCCCAGUUCCGUGUGGCUGAUUCCUAUAGCAAUGGCUACAGAGAGCCCCCUGAGCCAGAUGGAUGGGCCGGAGGUUCCCGGGGGAUGCUCCCAACCCAGACCAAAUGCAAACAGCCGAACUGCAGCUUCUAUGGACACCCGGAGACAAACAACUUCUGCUCUUGCUGUUACCGGGAAGAACUGAGGAGGAGGGAACGGGAACCAGGUGGGGAACUGCUGGCGCACAGGUUCUGA